AAUGCUAGAUAUUAGUGAGGAUUCUAUUCAUUGGGUUCUUACCGUUCCAGCUAUUUGGAGCCUAAUAGCAAAACAGUUUAUGCGUGAUGCAGCAGAGCAAGCUGGGAUCGCUUCCAAUCAAUUAUCCCUUGCAUUGGAACCCGAGGUUGCAGCGAUGCACUAUAUACGAAACUCAAAUGUUUCACAGGGAACAGAGGAUGGAGAACCUGUUUUGAAUGAUGGCGACAAAUAUAUCGUCCUUGAUCAAGGGGGUGGAACAACUGAUAUAUCUGUACACGAGGUAGUUGGUAAUAAUUGUGUCAAAGAAAUAUACCAGUCAUGCGGUGGAAACUGGGGUGGAUCGACUGUCAGUGAGGAAAUCUUCAAAUUUAUAUCAAAUUAUUUCGGGCAAAAUGUUAUUAAGUGUUUCGUUGAAAAUAGCGCGACAGAAUAUUUUGAGUUGAUACACAAUAUUGAACUAGUUAAGAAACGAAUAUCUGAUUCCUCAUCAAAGGUUACGAUUCGUCUGCCUGCAAGCCUUUUGCACGCAUAUGAACACGAAAAAUCACUUUCCACAGUUCCCUAUGCAGCACAUGCAAAUUAUCAACAUGUAGAGCUUCUUAGAGAUAAGCUAAGAAUUCCAUAUGAAAUAGCUUGCUCUUUCUACAGACCCUCAAUAAGAAGAGUCACGAACGAACUUGAAUUUCUCCUCUCAAAAGAAGAAUUUUCAGACGUUAAAAUAGUAUUAGCCGUGGGGGGCUUUUCACAGUCAAAUGUUCUGAAAAACGCUAUCACGGAAAAAGUAGGACCUUAUGUUAAAGUCGUCGUUCCUGAGGACCCAGAGGUCGCUGUUCUCAAAGGGGCCGUUCUGUAUGGAUUUCAACCAGAAAUGGUCACUGCAAGAAUUGCAAAGUUUACGUACGGAGUUGCCGUAAAGAAGGUUAGCUUCAAAGACAAAGGAGUACAUUACCAUCGUAUGUUUGUGAAUGCACAAUCAGACGAAUUCGAUAUUCAUGUGAAAAAGGGGCAAAUGUUGAAUUUCGGAGAUUUUUUAGAUGAACAUUUGUACUUUUGUGAAGUGAAUGAACAUAAAGUAUGCUUUCAUUUUUUUUCAACUAAUGACAUUAAUCCAGAUUUUACAACUUCCCAAAAUUGUACUAUGAUAGGAAUUCUUUGUGUCGAUGUUGAACCGUUGGAAUCUAAAGAAAUUUUAUUGUCAGUUAAGAUUAACGCCAGUGAAACCGACUUCCGUGCUUCUGUGACAAACGAUCAAACUGGAAGAGAAUGCAAAGCGGCAUUCAACUUUUACGUAUGAUAAAGACGUCCAGUGUUACGAGUUUGUUAAAUUUUACCUAUGACAAUGAAUUUAUACGCAUACAGAUGAAAUUUACAAUUUAUUUGUUAUAAAUCAUAUCAAAUUACAUUUAUUAUUGUA